GUCCCGCACGCGCGGUACAACAUGUCCAGUUAGGGCGGAAAAAUCGGCAAAUAUCAUCAUUUUUGCAAGCGCACUUGUUUGGGGGGUAAAAAAAGGUUUUUUGUCGGGGGCGGAACAUCUUGGAAGCCGACACGCCUCGCGUGUCACUUCAUCUUUUCCACAGGAAACAUGAUAGCUGAGCUUCGGAGAUGCCGCAACACCAAGACCAGAAGCAGGCCACAGUGCCUUCGCUCUGUGCGUUGUCGCUCAGAUGGCCGGACGCUGUGUCGUGGGCCCGCUCUUCGAACAGUGGCCGGGCCGCCUCCCUGACCGGGGCUCGACGAGGCCCUUCGCCCGGAGAAGGAGGCCCGGCCAGGGGAGGUGGUCAGGGGGGUGCAUUUUUGCCCCUCCCGGACACCCCUUCCGGGCACCCCCUUCAGGCAGCUUUGGGGUAGCCUAUGCCGACCCCCUCAUCCCCAUUGGAAACUGCCGAUUUUGCGUGCCCAAAAAAGGUAGCCCAGAGGCAGCCCAAGCCGACCCCCCUACUCCCCCCCCUUCGGCACCCCCCCGGAAGCACUCGACUGCUGGCGCGUCCGCCUUCUCCAUAUCCGGUCGGAGAGGGAGGAUGAGAAGAUAUGUGGGCGCGUCCGGAAUUGAAUGCAGGACAUUGGGUGCGGCAUCCCGCGCCAGAGGGCCGCAGGCGGGUGGAGCUUCAACAAAGUCCGGCGGUUUUAUUGGAAAAAGGGGAGGGCCGGAUGGCGGACCGUAACACCGAAGUGCGGCGCCAACAUCUAAAUGGCCAACAGGAAAAAAAGCAGUACCUACACCCCCAACAGCCAGAAUCUUUUUACCCCCCCAAAAAGUGCGCUUGCAAAAAUGAUGACAUUUGCCGAUUUUUCCGCCCUAAUCCAGAGUCACGCACUAUUGAGAGGAAAAGUCAUUCCCCCUCCCCAUAUCAAACCGGAAAUCUGUGAUGCGGGAGCGGGAUUUGAGUACACAAAUUCACAUCAGAUUUGUCUUGCAGUAGAGGACGGCACGCAGAUCGUGAGCCUAGGUAGGGGCCUUUUGCUGGUGUAGGCGCCUCGCAUGGUAGACGUCUGCACUGUAGGCCUUACAGCAUUACAAAGCGCCUGCAUAACGUGGCGGACUCUCUGAAUUUGCCUGCUUGCAAGACAGGCAGCAGGAUUUGCGACCUCAAAUCUGCAUCCCAGAUUUUCAGCGGGAUAUGUUUUCAAUAUGGGGAGGGGAGAUUUUUCCUUGCAAUAACAACAUGUCCAGAGUCAUGCACGCCUCGGAGUUGUUCUUGAUGAACCCGCACGGCACAAAAUCUACAACACCUGCUCCCGCAGCGGAAGCGGCGCACUCUGGAAUUUCAUACGUGUUUGAUUCAGCACGUGAUUUUUUCUCUUGGGGGUCGAAGGCCGAAUUUGAUGAAUUGCUAUGCUUGAGGUGAUUUCUCUAAAGAGUUCACUACUCAGAGUAUUGGACUUUGCGACUGCUGCAGAUCGAGCUGUCUUCGAAGCACCGCCACGGCUCCGGUGGCUUUGUCUUCUCUCGUGUGAAGGGUACAUGUAUGGAUUGCAGAUACUUUGUCUGGGUCUGGAAGUAUGGGCGAGUUUGUCGUGCGUCUCGCGGACCAGGACGGCGCAUAUGGUCUGGAAUGCACACAGAAGCAUCAUAGAUUCUGCGAGACCUUCUUGCUGUCUAAUAUCCUGCAUGAGAAAUUCGUCCUUAGCAAUUUUUGGCGGCGUUCAUGAGCACAGGGUUUUUGUUUAUCGUUGA